AUGUCCGUUCGUCGCCGGACACCCCGCGCCGUCGCGCCCGGCGAACCCGUGGCCGCCACGUGGCACCCGCCGCCUCCCACCGCCGCCGGCCCGCCUGGCCCACGUGGAGCCCGCCCCGGGCCAGAUCGGGCCCGAGCCCCGCCGCCCGUCGCCUCCCGCACCGGCCCCGCCGCCAUGUGCCGCCGGCUCCCGCGCGUCUGCGCCGGCCGCCGCUGCCGCGAGGUCCGGCGCGCCCCGCCGCCGCUCGCCGGAGGCCGCAGCUCCUCCCGUCGUCACCCCGGCGCGCCUCCUCCCUCCAUCGCCGCGCCGCCGCCGCCUCCCGCGCCCCCAGCGCCGUUCGCCGCCCGUCGCCGCCAACCCUCGUCGCCGGCGACCUCCCUCGACCCCGCGCUGACCCGCCGGAGCUCGUCAGAGCCUCCCGCCGCCUGGGCCGACCCCGAUCCAGAUCCAGUGAGAACUCCCCGCGUUGACUUCUCCCCCCCUCUCAAAUUUGCCGUCCCUAAAAUUUUGUGA